GAGCAUGAUUGCUACUUCUGGACAAAAAUUAUUUCCCCCCUUAGUGGAACCAUUGCUGAUACAAACACUUAAUAAUCGGAGCUAUCAAUGAGCCUCAUGUAAUCAACCUCUCCAUUUCUAGUAUACUUUCCAACCAUCAUUGAAGAAAGUAUUUCACCCCCUCCAAAACUGACCUAAAAAACCAGAAAAAAAAACCAGUUCAUUCUUUCCAAGAUUGACGCUUGUUUUGAAAAUUGAAGGCAGAUUUGUUGUUUUAAAGAAAUGGGUUCUCUGGAGAAAUUGUCAGAGGCCAUUUCCAUGAAUGAAGAGAAGAAGGGGUCACUCCGUUGUUCGAUGGAUUUUUUGAUGCUGGAAUGGAAGGAUGUUGAAGAUCAAUUAGAAUCAGCGAAGACCUGCUUGAACGAAUGUUUCAGUGAGCUAGAUACCAGAGAAGAGGGGAUUAAGUUGGCUGAAGAAUCCAUACGCCUUGGUUUGGAAGAUUUUAAGUGCAAGAAAGUAAGGAUUGAAAGAGAGACUAAAAAAUUGGAGGAGAAAGAAAGAUUGUUGAAUGGGGCAGUGGAGAAGGCAAAGAUGGAGAUUAGGGAGUUUGCUGGGAAAAUUCAUGAGUCACUAGAUGAAAAGCUUAAAGAUAUUGGUCAAAGACAGGAGCAUCUUGUGGGUUCUCUGGAUAGGAAAGCAAAUGAACUAAGAUCCCUCGAAGAAGGUUUGGAAAGAAUGAAGAUUGGGCUGUCUUCUUCAAUGGAAAGUUUGGAGAAACGGGAAAUUGAAUUGAAAUUAAAGGAAACUUUUCUCCAGACAAUGAAAGAUGAGUUAAUGGAAAAGGUGAAUGCGUUGGAUAGAAGGGAAAAUGAUAUUGUUUCCAGAGAGAAGACAGUAGGUGACAAGGAAUCGAGUCAGGAUUCCAGGGAGAAGAUUUUGGAGGAAUGGAACAAUGAUCUUAAAUCGUUGGAAAUUGAAGUAAACACAAGGGAAGAGAAAGUUAUUUCAGAAGUGAAAAUUUUAGAGACCUGGAACAAUGAGCUUUUGUCUUUAGAGAAAGACUUGGAGAGUAUGAAAAAAGAGCUUGAUUUAAGGGAUAAUAGUUUGAAGAAAAGGGAUGAUGAGCUUACUUCUGAAAAACAACUUCUGGAGAAAAGGGGUGAUGAGCUUGGUUCCCAAGAGAAAAUGUUGAGGAUAUUGGAAAAUGCCCUUUCUGCAAGUAAGGAUGAGCUUGAGAGAAGGGAAACUCAGCUUGAUUUGAGAGUGGAAAUAUUGAACGAUAGGGAAGGUGAGCUUGAUUCCAGACAAAGAAUAUUGGAAGGGAAAGAGAAGGAAUUGUUGGAACAACAAGAAUCAUAUGUGCUUCGGAUACAACAACUUGAUAGCCGGGAAAGAGAAUUAUUAGAGUACUUUGAGAAAGGGCUUCAAGAAAUUGAAAUGAAAAAGAAGGAAGUUGAUUCGAUUGUGGAGAAUGCUUUGGUGAGGGAAGAGAAAAUGGAUCACCAAGGGAGGCUGAUUUUAGAGCAUUCGGAGAAGAUUGAGUCUGAAGGGAAACAGUUGCAGGAACUGAAAGAAAAGAUUGAUGAAGAAGUAUUGGUAGAGUUGGUCCAAUUGCUGAAAAGGACUGGCGAUGUUCAGGAGAAAGAGAAGGAACUGGUAGAAAAACAAGAAUCUUGUGUGCUUGGUAUGCAACAACUUGAUAGUCGAGAGAGAGAGGUAAUAAAGUACUAUGAGAAAGGGCUUCAAGAAAUGGAAAUGAAAAGGAAGGAAGCCGAUUUGAUUUUGAAGGAUGCUAUGGCUAGGGAGGAGAAAUGGAAUGAACAAGAGAGGUUGAUGUCAGAGCUUUCGCUGAAGAUCGAUUUUGAAAGAAAACAGUUGAAGGAAAUGCAAAAGAUUGGUGAAAAGAUGCCGGUAGAGUUGGAGAAAAGGGCAAAAGAUCUGGAGGAGAAAGAUGAGAAAUUGGCUAGUUUAACUAGGGAAAAUGAGCUUAGGGGAAAGGUUUUAAGUUUGAAGGAAAAGGAGUUAUUUAGCAAAGAGGAACGGCUUCAAGCUAGGGAAGAGCUAUUGGAAUGGAGGGAGAAAAAUCGUAAGUUGGAAUUUGAUGUAAAAUCCGAGGAAGCAUCCAUGGUAGGGUUAGAUUUAACAAACCACUGUGAAUCUGAUGGAUUAAGAAAGAAAAUCAGCGGAAGAGAUCUACCUGAAAGCACCAACAAUACACAAAGUUGCAAAAGAAGAAAGUCCUCCCGGGAUAGUAAGGGAAAGCCACCAGAGAGGCUGGUCUAG